AUGGCAGAGGGAGAGGUGAAAAAGGAAGCUGAAACAAAGAAAGUUGAACAUACGUAUGCGCUUGUGAAAACCUGCGACAUGACAGAAGAAAUAAAAAAUGAAGCAGUUGAUCUGAUUGUCACUGCCUGUGAGAAACAUGCACCAAACAAUUUCCUCGCAGCCAGAAUGAUUAAGGAAUCAAUGGAUAAGAAAUUUCAACCGUCCUGGAACGCUGUUGUGGGUGAAGCAUAUGGAUUUGAAAUAGAUUAUUUGUGUUCAACUCUUCUAUUCAUGUUAUAUGGGGGUAAUCUGGGGAUAGUCACUUGGAAGUGUUCGUAA